ACUUGCAUAAAUUAAAAUUUUAUCUGUCUGUACUCUUAUUAAUGAUAAAAAUGAGCCAAUCAGUGUAUGAGAAAUUAGACAGUUAUUGUAAAAGAGCCUAUCGCAAGUUCGAAAUUUGUAAUCUUGUUUUAAAAUACUUAGGGGAAAAAAAUUUGAAUUGCCUUUUAGUUUUCUUGUUGUUCACACUACAUUUCUUUUGUAUUUCAUGUAGUUCGACCAGAAUGAAAAUUUCUUCACAGAUGGUGUGCAAGUCAACCUGCGUGUACAAUCAAGUAAAUAUAGACCAAAAUAUUUUAGUGAUGGAUUGACAAAUUAUGUCCAAGAGACUGUGUAGAUCUACUUUUUGAGAGAGAGAAAGCUAUAUACUUGUUGAUACCCUGCCGCAAUUUUGGCUUUUUUCCCGCCAUUUGGUUGAUUUCCCACCUAGCGGUUUAUUUCCCGCCCCGUUAAUAGUUGAUGGCCCACUGUUGGUCGAUUUACUGCCUUGAUGUGUGGUUGAUAUCACGCCACGUGGUUGAUGUCCUGGCAGGUGGUUCAGAUUUCCCACCCUUUUGAUGGCACUGUAAUUGUUGAUGGGGUAAAAUGCCGUAGCAUUUAACUGUUUUGACGGUAAUCAUUGGUUUUCUUUUUAUUUGCGUAGAUUAAUAAUCGAACAAUAGUAUUAUGUACUUAUAAGAUCAUUUUUUAGUCGCUUUUUUUUUGGCUUUUAAACUUUCAGCAGGUUCCCUCAGUAGUCACCUUGGAAAGUACAUCAAAGGUUAAAUAUUUAGUGUGUGAUCGACCACAAGCAUUUUAAGAAUGUUCUUCCAGUCUGAUAUUUCCCUUGGUGGCCACCUGAGCUAUUUCUUUAAAGUGGUAAGGUUGAUAUUUUCAUUACAAAAUCAAAGUUACCGGACUCUUAUUGCUGGCUUUCACUGUCCCACCAUCAAAAAAGCCUUUUUUUCAGGGGGUAUUUCAAGUAGCCAACCCAAUUAACUGUUGCUAGGAAGAGAGAAAUACAGGUCAGAAAGGUAACAGGGUGGAAUUUUACUUCCCAGUGCAACAGCAACAGCAAAAACAAUGACAAUAGCAUAUUUAUUUGGAAUCCCCAUAUUUUAACAUGCCAUUGCAAUAAAAUCAAACAAAAUGAAACAGGAUAAAAUUAUCAGCAUAAUGCAGUGGGUAUAUCUGAAGAAAUUUAAAGAGGUACUGAGACACUUGAUGUAUUUGUGGGGCACUCCCUAGGGAUUUGCACCCCAGCUCAUGUUUUAUCCGAAACAAAUAACAAGUAUCAUACCAAAGUUGUUUAGGACAUUUCAGAAAUUCUACUCACAUAAUACUAUUUUACAUGUGUUUGUUAAUUUUUCAACCUUACAAUAUAAUUUUUAUUUACUUUAAUGAUUGUGCUCUUUACCAAAAAAACUCAACGCUGUACUAAACUUCAUAGUCUUUCCUGUUUUUGGGUAGGUAUUCGAGUUUGAUGACUGUACACUUAAACGAGUUUGCAUUGGGAAUAACUGCACACUGUAUUAAAACUAUUAUGAUAUUUUGAUGACUGUGCUAGAUUUCCUGUUUUUUUUCCCCCCGUUUUGUUUUGUUUUUAUAAUUUUUUGACCAUGCACUGUAAACUUUAAACGAUUUGUAACUGACUAUACACAGCUUUAAAACUAUAAUCAUUUUUUCAGCAGCUGUUUCUUACACUCAUAAUUCAUGCUACAUCAAUGACUGUACACUUAAAAGGGUUUAAAAUUCAUGGUACACUGUUUUUCAACCAUUAUGAUUUUUGCAUGGUGCAUGCUACAUAUCAUAGCCCUCCUGUUCUUUUUUUGUUUGUUUGUUUUGGUUCAUAAUUUUACAACCAUACACUAUAUGCCUUAAAUGACUUGUAAAUGACUGUACACAGUUUUGAAACAAUUUUCUCUGUUUCUAGCUCAAAAGAGUCUAUCCUUUUGUGGAGCUUGUAAUUUUAAGACCAUCCUAACUUCAAAUGUGGUUACUUGAAAGCAAACAUGUCCUUUCCUCGUCUCUAUUUGUUGACCCCUUUUUCUUGAAUAAGUAUUUCACUUUGUUGUAGCUGAGCGCUCAAAGUCACCGUCGUUUCUGUUAAGGAUUUCCUUGAGGCCGUUGUUUGAGUGGAAUAAUGACUUCAGCUCUUCUUUGUUUGGACACACAGAAUAUUUUCCAAAGAAGUUUUCAACGUACUUCUCAUCUGGCUUAUUCCAUUUUGCUUUUGGUUGGUGGUUAGUGACACCAGACACAGAUUCCACUUCAGUUAUGCUGUUAACCCAAUUUGCUUCUGUUCUGCUCAACGAUGGUUCAUGUUCCUUUGACGGGGUCUUGAGGAAGUCAAAGACUUUGGAAAAUUCAAAAACUUGCAAGUUGUGUGGCUAAAUGGGAAUAAGCUUAGGGAACUGAAUUGUUUUGGGUCAAACUAUCAACUGAGAGAGUUGUAUCUGCAAGACAACAUGUUGGUAGAGCUGAAUGGCUCUUUGCGCCACUUGACUUGCCUUCAGGUGUUAUUGCUGAAUGGAAACCAGCUGGUAAAACUCACUGAUGUUGUUCAUGAGUUGAGAGCCAUGCAAUGCCUCAAAACACUCAAUCUGUUUGCUAAUCCACUGGCUCAAGAUUAUGACUACAGGAGUUACAUAAUACACCAUGUGCCCUCAGUUGACUUGCUAGACAGGAAAGAAAUCACUAACGCAGAAAGAGACAAAGCCCGAAAAAAAUACGAAUCACAAAGAGAGAUGGUGAAGGAGACUGUAGCAUUUGGUCGCCAUGUGGAUGGUCCUCCAAAGAAAGUGUAUACUCCUCCACCUUCAGGGACAUUUGAGAGUUUUGGUUUUGACAGUGAUGAUGUUGACAUACAGGAUAGUGAAAGGUGUGAGAGUAUUGUAAGUAACCAUGAGGGCAUUGUUGAGGAAGCCAUAAAAAGACGAGCUCUUCAGCGAUCUGUUAUGCAGUACUCGACAUUUGACUGGUCGUCCAUACCUCUGUCACAAGAAAGGAGACUUGUUCCUGAAAGUGUCCCCGAUACACCUAGAAUUCUCACAGUACGCUUUCGAUAGAGGUCGACAUCCAAUCCAACACACCAACAAACAGAACUGUUUUGGCCGUUUCUUGUAAAAUGUAAAGAUGUAAAAAUUAUUCGCUUUCUAAUGCAAGUUCAGUUGAUAUUUGUUUUCGAUUAUCAACCUAAUUAUGGAAUUGAUAUUUUGCUAUGUGUCAAGGUCCGCAAGCACAUUUCACUCACUUGCCCGCCCGCCCACACUUUUUUCCUAGUUUUAUGUCCGCAGAUCGCAUUAAUUUUCUUUACGGUUUUGUUUCUCUGUUAACAAAACGAUGGUUAUGUAAUUAAAAUAAAUGAUAAUGAAUUGAA